AUGGCUACCAAUAUCGGAAUCAUGGACGCGGCGUACUUCGUCGGUAGAUCUGAGAUCCUCUCUUGGAUCAAUUCACUUCUUCAACUAAAUCUCUCCAAAGUCGAAGAGGCUUGUUCUGGUGCUGUUCACUGUCAGCUUCUUGAUGCCGCUCAUCCUGGAAUUGUUCCGAUGCAUAAGGUCAAUUUUGAUGCCAAGAGUGAGUAUGAGAUGAUUCAGAACUACAAGGUUCUUCAAGAUGUUUUCAACAAACUCAAAAUCACUAAGCACAUUGAGGUUAGCAAGCUAGUGAAAGGAAGACCGUUGGAUAAUCUGGAGUUCAUGCAAUGGAUGAAAAGAUACUGCGAUUCUGUCAAUUCUGGACAGGACAGUUAUAAUCCUUUUGAGAGGAGAGAGGUAUGCAAAGGAGGCAGAGAAGUGAGUAAAAGAUCUGCACACUCUCAACCGUCAACUAAGGGUGGUUCUACCGCUGCACACAGGCCUCAAUCUUCCCAUGCUCGAAGAAAUGAUGUGUCUACUGUUAACCACUCUGCAAGUCAUGGGGCUGUAAGGGCCUCAAGGCCUUCUGCCCCUGCUGCUGCUGUAAACCCUGCUUAUGACCAACAGGUGCAACAGAUAACAGAAUUGAAGUUAUCCAUUGAUAGCCUUGAGAAGGAACGUGAUUUUUACUUUGCGAAGUUGAGGGACAUUGAGAUUCUUGGUCAGACUCCUGGAGUAGAAAACUCGCCGGUUUUCGAAGCAAUUCUGAAGAUAUUGUAUGCUACUGAUGACAAUGGAUCUGAGUUGGCAGAAGCUCAAGCUAUACUCGCUGCUGGCCUACAGGAAGCAAAGACAUUGAGUCCCAUUGCUGAGGUUUCUGAAGAGAAGAGCAGUUCUAAGAGAAAGAAUAUCAACAAUCCUGAAUGUGAUGCUGCUGGUGUCACUAAUUUGUCUCCUAGGCGGAGGCUUUCUGAUAUUUCAAAUGUUCACUAUGAAGGGUCACCUCUAGCAUGA